UGGGAAGACGUACGCUAUACCCACAGGAGGGCGUAGACUGAAUACGCACAUGACUGCUGCCCCCUUUCGACUGGCUGUGCUCGGUACUGGGAGGUGAAGACGAGGGUAAGAAAGGGAAUUAGGGUGAUUGACCGGUUCAUGGCAAACUGGUGCAUCUUGGAUGGCAUCACUAUGAUUAUGAUGUCAUGUCAUCCUGCUAUUCAGAAGUCACUAAGAAGUAUAUAGAUGGAUGCCAAAAAUGUAGGGCGGUUGGAAAUUCAUACACGUCUGCAUACAGCAGUGUUAACGUAAUUUCUAUCCACACAACCCGGUCUACCAUCUGUGCUGGAAAGAAAUCGGGGCCACUUUUAGAAAAGAAAAAGAAAACUCUUGACAGACUCGGAAAGGUAGUCUCAGCUUGGAGGAACAGCGGAGGAGGCCAAGUUCUGAUUCAUGUAGAGGGUCAACUAUCCGAGGACAGGUGUCUGGAACAGUUUGAUGAGUUCAUUACCAGGAGUCUGUCUGAUCUCCUUGAUGACGGAGAGUUGUAUGUGGACAUAUACAGGCGCCAAUGGCUCUCUGAGAUUCAUAACUUUCAAGGCCAUACUGACUUCAUUCUAGUGAAUGUGAAGGAAACGAAUGGUGUAGCCACUGUUGAUUUUAACACGAAAGCAAGGAACGAUAUUGAAAACGUGUCAGUAACUCCCGCCAGUUUGGCUAAAUGCAUGAUUAGUAGACAGACUAACACGGAUACACAGAAACCCAAGACGAAAGGUUUAUGUGAAAAUAUUCAAGAUCUCCAUGAGGGCAGAAAUACUGAGGUCAAAUGUUUCCAUGUUGACAAACUGAAAAAUCAAAUAGCAAAGCAAGUUUCUAAAAGUCUGUCAGAUUUCGCAGAUUAUAUAUGGCAUGAUCUCAAACUUAAAGAUAACUUGACUUCUAUGUCCAAGGUUGAGGGAGGCGGGUCAUACUUUGUUGGGAUAAAGGAGGAACCUCUGGAGUUUGAGAGUUACAGAACCAAACUUCUUGACAUUGACGGGUUUUGCCUGAAAUUCGAAGCAUCUGAGAUUAUUAGAGAAAUUAAAGCUAAACUUCAAAAUGAGACAAUAGCUUUACAAACAGGUACCUUUUGUAGUGUCCCUGACGAUUUGAUUGAAGUGUGUUUAUAUCCAAUUCCUGAAACCAAGAGACGGGUUCUGGAAGUAGCUGUUCGUUGGUAUGAUGGUAUCAUCUUCAGUGACAAGGACGGACCGAGGGCGUAUGAAGUAAAGAACAAUGCUAUAAAGCGGAUGGACAAAGCUGCCUGGUUAGAGCGAUUUCAAGCCACCCAGAUAUAGUUUAAUAGACGUUCACCAUGGAUGAGCAUUUAGACAUUCCAGGAAGCAUGAGUGAUAGUGGCGAGAGUGAUGACUCAAGUAUUUCCAGCCGGUACAGCUCAGAAGGAGAAGUUCCAUUACCGACCUAUGAUGACCUGUCUGACCCUGAUGAUCCAGCACCAGGAUUCAAGACUUCUGGUGAUAUUCACCUAUCAAGUAUUGUCUCUAAAACGGAACAAAAACAGAUACUGGGAAUACUCUCAGGAGACUCGAAACAACCAUUCUUUGGCAUUUUCCCGAUCAAUAUUGAACCCACACUCAACGCAGAGUAUGCCCACAUUGUACAGAGACUGAGAGACCUACCAGACAGAGACUGUACAGUCAUCAUCGCAGGAGGCAGCUUACUGAAGAUGAUGGACCCGACCUGGGAGGGACGAGUACCUGCGUCUGUCCUGUGUGAUGCGUGUGUGUUCUCCCCUACACAGACUGUCAUGGUGCUGACUUUCACAGCAGGUGGUGGAGACAGCCACAAGAACAUUCAAUACAACACCAAGUUUGCGUCGUUUUUUAUUAGCCAUGUGAAGGACGAUACAAAGUUUGACUUCAGUGUUGUACACGUCACUAUAGAUAACCUUUCAUGGCAAGAGAAACACAGUUUCCUGACAAGAAUCAACCAGGCUGUGAAUUCAACCAAACGCAUUCGUUUUCCCACCGAACUGCAUAUGGACAAGGGCAAGUGUACAGCUAUUAUGAAGUCUUUAUUGAAACACCUGUCCAAGGACCCUGAGUCAGAGAGGCCUUCCCCAUCUUUGGAGAAUACAGCACACGCGACUGCCAUACCCAAACAAGGUGCAUCGGACAAAUUCCAACAACAAAUACGUACAAAGGAUGCCGAUCAUGAGAGCGUAUAUGCACGUCACGAAGUGCGAACAGCCCUACUGAAAUAUCUGUCUGCUCAGCAGGAGAGACUGGAGAAUGAAUCAUCCCCACAGUUUCCGAAUAUUAGUCAAGACAAACCAUCGGAACUGCAACUUCUGGAAGCUGAUGCAAGAACAUCGAGCACACGGUACACCUUCCCGACGUGUUCUGUCUGUGAGCUGCAGUUUACCCUAAAAGGCCCCGCCCCCUACCUACUGCCCUGUCUACACGCCGUGUGUGAGACGUGUGUGACAUCUGCAGCUUGUGGUGUGAUAUGCUCUACAUGUCAGAGGGAGGUCAACCUCACAGACACAAGCCUCCAGAAGGAUACAGUGAGACAGAAGGAAAUAUUCCAUCUGACAGUCAAACAUUGCCCCACAGAGCUUAUCUGUACACAUGAAGAUGACGGCAACCAGGCUGUGUGUUGGUGUCGAGACUGUGAAGAGUUACUCUGUGAAUACUGCCAGAAUAUGCACAACAGCCUUAAACUUUCCAAAAAACAUGUACUUCAAAACUUCAGUGACAUGGUACCGACUGUCUCGGACAUUCCAACAUCUUGCAGCAUCCAUAAGUACAACGCCCUGGAUCUCUUUGAUAAAAGCUGCCAGAAGUUGAUCUGUGCGAGGUGUCGACUUAGCGAUCACGCACACCAUGAUGUUGAUGAGUUGGAUGUGGUUGCUGAUGCUGUAACAAAACAGCUGCGCCGUUAUAAGAAUGUUCUAUCAACGCUACAGGAUCGCCAGCAAUUAUACAUACAGAGCGUAAAGCAAGGAAGGGAAUCCACUCACAGAACGCACAACACUUGGAAAGAAACGAUUCACCAUACUUUCCAGAUACUGAGAUUACAACUAGAUCAAAGUGAGAAGGAAUUUCUGAUUGAUCUUGAAAGUCAAACAAAGGAAGCUAAUGCAAUACAACAUGAUCUUCUCACCACUUAUGAAGACGAUAUGAAGACAUGCACAGGGGUUGUAGACUACAUCGACAAAGUCCUUCUCUAUGGCUCAAAGUUAGACCUCCUGGACGUGGAGAGUUCUGUAAGGGACAUGACUCAGGCAUGCCAAGACACUGCUACACCAGAAACACACAUUCCUCCGGCUGUCUGCAACAGCAACGCCUUGUCAAAACUCAGAUCCAUCACAUCAGGAUUUGGCCCCCUUUUGACACGUCAAUCUGUUAAAGACGCGGAUACUCAGACUGAUGAUGACUUCAUGGCCGACAUGGAAAUGAAACACAAAAUGGUCAUUGCAGAACUGAAGACGAAAAAUGACUCCGAUGAGAAACGCAUUAAAAGACUUACAGACGAGUCCAAUGCUGAAAUCAGAAGCUUGAAAUCGGUCAUUGCAGAACUGAAGACGAAAAAUGACUCCGAUGAGAAACGCAUUAAAAGACUUACAGACGAGUCCAGUGCUGAAAUCAGAAGCUUGAAAUCGGUCAUUGCAGAACUGAAGACGAAAAUUGGUUCCGAUGAGAAACGUAUGGAAAGACUUACAGACGAGUCCAAUGCUGAAAUCAGAAGCUUGAAAUCGCGCAUUGAAGAGAAAGAAGUCAUCGAGAAGAGAGCGCCAACAACCAUGGACUUCUUGCUAGGUGUGGCCAGAGAAUGUGUUGUUCAUGAGCUGAAACCAGGAGCUAUAGACAGAUCUAUGUUUCUGAAGUGUACACCACUGAAGUAUGACAAAGACAGAGUCAAUCUCGACACAGUCCACAUCAACACAGAAGGAGACCUGGUCAACAGGAAGUCGGACACCAGACCUGCAGGGGAAGGGAGACUGAAGAAGUACUGGGGCACAUGCAGCACUGACCCCCUCCCCCAGGAUGGUUGUCCCCAGUACUGGGAGGUGGAGAACAGGGUCAGUCUGGACAAACCACUCUCAGGGACCAACCUCAUCCUGGAGGUUGGAGUAUGUAGGGAGGAGCAGAGGGACGUGAGUCAUUGUAUAGAUGGACGUCCUUACUCCUACUGUAUGGACGUCGCCCACUGUACUACACACGGCGGGAUAUGCAGGAAGAUAUGGAAGGAGGGGAAGUAUGUGCUGUGUCUGCCUGACACUCUCCCCAACACAGCAGGGGCAUCACACACACUACAUUACGGUGUUGUCUAUGAUGACGCCAGGAAGAAGAUUGUCUUCAUUGAUGUGAAGGAGAAGAAAGUCAUGUCGACGUUAGACAAUGUAGACUGUAGUGAACCACUGUGGCCGAUGUUCGGGGUGUAUAACCCACAUCUCCUCACUGUCAGCAUGAGACUUGUAGUGGGCAGCGACAUCAACAUGACGGAGGAGAAGAAAGCGAUGAUUGUCAAGGCGCUGUCGUGAUGCCGUGGUGUGAGAGAGAUUGCCAUGAUGAUGAUGAUAGAUGAACAUAGAUAUAUAGAUAUUUACUU